CGAGCCCCGAGCGGCGGCGCAGAGCUCCGGCGGCCCCGCGGCCCACUGCAGACCGCGCUGCGAGCGGCUGCGCCGCGUCCCAUCCCCGCGCCCCCGGGCGCUCCGGAGACCACAGAACGAUGCCCGGGGCCGGGGACCGAGGCGCAGCCCGGGCGAGAUGGCUGGGCUCUGGGCUUUUGGGUCUCUUCCUGCUCCCCGCAUCCCUGUCCCUGGAGGUGUCCGUGGGGAAGGCCACCACGAUCUACGCUGUCAAUGGCACGGAGAUCCUGCUGCCCUGCACCUUCUCCAGUUGCUUUGGCUUCCAGGACCUCCACUUCUGGUGGUCCUACAACACCAGUGAUACAUUCAGGACACUCAUAGACGGGACGGUGAAGAACGAGAAGUCUGACCCCAAGGUGAAGUUCAAAGAUGAUGAUCGCAUCACUCUGGAGGGUUCCACUAAAGAAAAGAUGAACAAUAUUUCCAUUCUGCUGAGGAACCUGGAAUUCAGCGACACGGGCAAAUACACCUGUCACGUGCAGAACCCCAAAGAGAAUAAUUUUCGACACCAGGCCACCAUCUUCCUCCAAGUUGUUGAUAAAUUGGAAGAAGUGGACAACACGGUGACCCUCAUCAUCCUGGGCGUCGUGGGUGGGGUCAUCGGGCUCCUCAUCUUCAUCCUGCUGGUCAAGAAGUUCAUCGCCUUCGUCAUCAAGAAGACUCAGGAGAAGAAGAAGGAGUGCCUCGUGAGUUCCUCAGGGAAUGAUAACACAGAGAAUGGCUUGCCUGGCUCUAAGGCGGAAGAGAAACCACCAACCAAAGUGUGAGGCCCCGCUGGGGGCCAAGCAGCCGCCCGGGCCUCACUUGCCGAUGAUGAACGGAUGCUUGAGCCAUGUCCGUGAACCCACGUGCCUGAGACACCUGCUGCUUGGCUCCAACUGUAGUCUUUCUGGGGAGACAUUGGGGUCCAGCCCAGCCUGCCUGCCUCCUCCCAGCCAGGGCUCCCCACGGAUGAGGGCUGGCCAGAGGAGGGGGCCUGUGGAAAGCUCAGGAAAGGAGAGCUGGCUGGUGAGGAAGGCGGGGUGCCCCCUCCCACCCCGCCGACACCUGGGAUACAUGGGGUCUUCUUCAGUCUCCCCACCCUGUAUGAGCAAUACCUUGGUUUUCCUCCAGAUUUCUCGUUAAGAGAGGCUUGUGGGGAUCAGCAAGGCCUGCCCCAGUAGCUGGACCCCAGUGAAUAGUGUGGAGAUCUAACCCUUUUGGUGGUGGAAGUGGCCUAGGGGACUGGGUGCAGGAUCUGGGGGUGGCAGCCUGCUGAAGGGGGGCCUCUAGUGAGAGGCUCUGAUGGAUGCGUGAUCCCCAGGUCCCUCUAGGGAGGCGCUUCCUUUCCUCCCCACCACGGGGUGGUCCGCUGUCCCCUCCGCCCCCCACUGCUGCUUGGAGUCUGUGAACACUCCCCACUAGGGCUGGCCACCUUGGUCUUGGGGGGGGUCCCAAGACCUGCUGCCAGGGGUCUCCCCUGGCUUGUUCCUCUGAUCUCUGAGUUCGUGAGGGGCAUGUGAGGGGGGCCCUCCAGCCUUCAUGGAGAACUGGGGCGCUACCUAUGCCUUUCCUAGCAUUUCUCCUUGGGGAACCAGGACUGCAGAGGUUGGCGAGCCGGUGUCCAGGGCCUCUUGGCUACUGGGGUGCCCACCCCAGCCCGACCAGUGCUGGCUGCCCCUUCUCCUCGGCAUGGCGGGACCAUUGCCGCCCCUGGGAACUCCCAGGCUUGGCUCCCCCACUCCUGCUCCUCUUUCCCCGAUGCAGCAGGUGGCAUCAUCUUGCUUGAGAUGUUGUACCCUCAGACCCUCCCCUCCUGUGGGUUCACUCCUCCUGUGCCCGUGCCCAGCCAUCACACCCUCUCCCCUGGCUCAGGGUUGUUCACCUCUAACCCGGGGUCAAGGGCUUGCUUUCACCUCAGGGAUCCUCUUGCUUUGGAAGAGGGGGCCCUUGGGUUUUCUGGCUGCUUCCUGUUCAGCUGUGCCACCGCCUCUCCCUCCCUGGGGUUGGGGAGGAGCAGGAAGAGAGUGCUCACAGUCUUCCUUUGCUUUUCUGAGAACUGGUUUGCACACCCCUGUGUGGGGGGCUGGACUGUGCCUUAGCUCCUUGUGUCCCGGCUCACCCCCUCUGUCCCUUCUCCAGCCUGAAUGGGACAGCCAGCUCUGGUGUGGCACUAUGCGAGGGGUCCCCAACCUGCCAAUGCCCAAGGCCAUGCCAGGGACCAGGGAGCUGGGGUGGUGCCAGCAGAGGCCCCCUGGACGUGAUGGGAUCUUGGAGCUGUCCGGGUUCCCGACAGGGAGAGCAGCCCUCUCUGACACUGUGUCCUCUAGGCCUGAGAGGGAAAGGGGCAGUAGAGGUUAUGGGGGCUGCCUCAGGAUCCUCCCUGUCAAAAGGCAGCUGCAGGCUUCCCCUAGGGCAGAGGCAGGGGAGGCGAGGAGCAGCAGCUCCUGCAGGGCGCCUGGCUGGGGCCCACGGCCCUCACUGCAUCUGAUGGGUUUGCAGGGUCCCACUCUGAUCUGCCUCCGGGGCUCCCAUCCUUGUCCCCCCAAGAACCCUAGGUUCAGGUUCAGAUUAUCCUGGCUUGAGAGCAGACAGACCAGAACUACCAGGCAUUUGGAAAACUUCUUGUGGCUACCUUCAGGAGAACGGUUUUCUUCCCCCUUCCCAGUUCCAACAUUUGAACAAGCUGAGUCGCCUGGGCUCCUCUUACUCUCUUCAGAGGAGGGGGGCGGUGGGGGAGGAGUGUCACCCUCUCCACUCCUGGGUCUGUCUCUUGCUGACUGAUAGGUGGGUCAUGCAUCUUCUCUGGGCUCAGCUUUCCCCAUCCAUAAAGUGGGUGUAAUCAUAUUUACCUACCUCCCAGGAUUGUUGUGAGGCUCGGCGAGUUUUUGUCUAAAAAAAAAUCGUUUUGGCUUGGAAAGGGAUCUUGGAGGCCAGGCAUUAUAAGUGGAGGGAUUUUUCCAAGUCCAUCCUGUCCUCACCUCUGUGUCCCCUCCCUAGGAGAUACACACGCACAGACAUACAUGCACAUGCACGCAUGCACUUUCUCUGUCUCUCUCACUAACUCUUGCUCUCUCUCUCUUCCCACUCCUCCCCCUUGGGAUUAUUUUAGUCUUUGUAAUAUUAGAAACCUUGGCACUGAUGCUUAAAGGUACUUAUCCAUGGCUUUUGUUUGGGAGUUUUCAAUUCAGGUGAUAGAAUAGGGACUGUAGGGGGACAUUUUUGGUGGCCCCAAUGCCUGGGGGCAUCAUGGACAUUUAGUGAGCAAGUACUAAGAAUGCUCAGCUUCAUCCUCACAGCAGAGAAGUGUUCUGCUCCAGUGCUGGGGUGAGACCCAUGGAGGAGCACUGGAUGGAUUGCAAUGGAAUGUAUAUGGGCAGAGCCAUCUUCCCAAGCAGAGCCUCAGUGUGUGCAGAUCUCAGAGGGCGGUCUCCAGGGGCUGGUGAGGGUGUUUCCAGGGCUGGUGGGCUAGAGAGAGCCAUUUGUAGGAUUGAUCUUGGAAGCCCUGCAGGCAUCAGCUGUGCUGAUAGUAAAGUCACUAAGACCAAAGACAGUCUUUCCUAGCUCUCCAUCCUUGACUUCAAACCGAGACCUCAGCAUUCCAGGCCUUGGGGUUCUCCCUGGGUAGGAAUUGAGCAAAAAGCCAUCAGAAUGAACCUGUAAGGUGAGGGUGGCCUGGGAGAGGGGCCGAUGGAGCUCAGACCUUUCCCACCUGGCUGGCUGACCAGAGCUGGAGGUGAAGCGAGGGGUGUGACAGCGUGCCCUUGAGAUGGUGGCAGGAGAGGGUGUGCGAGUGGAGACACACACCUGUGGACUGGGGGCUGUGCAUGGAAGAGCAGAUGUAUGGAGGUGUGUGUGUCUGAGAUGGGGGAGACUCUGCACACGUGGGGAGCCAUCUUCCCUGGCUGGAUCUAUACCUGUUGGGACAUCAGGAGCCUGAGAAAGGAUAGGAGACUGAGAGGAAGACCAGCCAUGCUCUUAGGUUCCAUAACUCCAUGACUCCCUCCCUGUUAGGGACAGCUGCCAUGAGUGCUGGGGGAGGGGGGGCAAGGAGGGGAACUUCUCAAGAAACCCUACAGCUUGCUUCACUUUACUCUGUCCCAGGUUGGAGUCCCGCCCCUCCCACCUCCCACCUGAUAUUCAGAGCUUAUGACUAUCUUAUGCAUGGUUUAUUCCUCUGGCUUGGAUGACAAUACCCAUAGUCAAUUGUUUUAUAUAACUAUAGAUCAAAUCAGUGCAGCAAUAGGUCUGGGAGGCCUCUGGUCCAUGGGUGCCUCUGGGAGGCACACAUAUGCACACACCCAGCAAUGACUUGUGUUCAAGCACAGAAUGGAUGUGAUCAACUAUCUUGCCUUUAUAACAUGUUUGGCAUUGUAGAAUUUUAUUUAGCUUUGCCUUGGAUGAAAUAAAAAAUUAUGUUUAAUAGAAA